AGAGAGAGAGAGAGUACUGAAAAGAAGAAGCUGAAAAACAAAAACCCCAAAUUUUGGGUUUUAUCACUUUAUAGUUUGAGAGAGAGAGAAACCUCGGAGACAGAAACAUCAUGGACGGAGGAAUGUCGUACCAGCGAUUCCCGAAGGUGAAGAUCAGGGAAAUGAAGGACGACAUGGUCAAGUUCGAGCUACGAGAGACGGACGCGAGUGUGGCCAACGCGCUUCGGCGCGUGAUGAUCGCGGAGGUCCCGACCGUCGCCAUCGACCUCGUCGAAAUCGAGGUCAACUCCUCUGUCCUCAACGACGAGUUCAUCGCUCACCGACUCGGUCUCAUCCCACUCACCAGUGACCGAGCCAUGAGCAUGCGCUUCUCGCGUGACUGUGACGCUUGCGACGGUGACGGCCAGUGCGAGUUCUGCUCCGUCGAGUUUCACCUCCGUGCAAAGUGCCUCACUGACCAAACCCUCGAUGUUACCAGCAAAGACCUUUACAGCUCCGACCACACCGUCGUUCCUGUUGAGUUCUCUGAUCCCAAUGACCCUGGCGAGCAAAGGGGAAUUAUCAUUGUGAAGUUACGUCGUGGACAAGAACUGAGGCUGAGGGCUAUAGCCAGAAAAGGGAUUGGUAAAGAUCACGCAAAAUGGUCACCUGCAGCUACUGUCACAUUUAUGUACGAGCCAACGAUUAGAAUCAAUGAAGACUUGAUGGAAACUUUGUCACUCGAGGAGAAAAGAACCUGGAUUGACAGUAGUCCUACCAAAGUUUUUGACAUAGAUCCCGUUACCCAACAGGUAGUAGUGGUUGAACCUGAGUUAUACACUUAUGAUGAUGAAGUGAUCAAGAAAGCAGAUGCUAUGGGGAAGUCAGGGCUUGUGGAGAUUGAAGCCAAAGAAGACAGUUUUAUAUUCACUGUAGAAUCUACUGGUGCAAUCAAAGCUUCUCAGUUGGUACUCAAUGCCAUAGAAAUCCUCAAACAAAAGCUGGAUGCAGUUCGCCUGUCAGAUGAUACUGUAGAAGCUGAUGAUCAGUUUGGUGAACUAGGUGCUCAUUUGCGAGGAGGAUGAUGCUGUUUGUAAAAAGAAGAUGAAUCAAUUGUUCCUUUUAGGUUCUAGGAGAUCAAUUGAAUUUCAUUAGGUUUUUGGGACUUGGUCAUGUGCUGUACUAACUACAUCUUCCAUUUUUCAUGUUAACUUGUGCUGUGCUAGUUACUCCCCUCCAAAACAGAAACCUUUGCUAAUCUGUUUAAAGCAAUGUAUGUCCUUGGAUCUCUGGAGAAAUUUUCCUAUAUUUUCUUUGUGAACCUGUCAUGUCAUGAGACAUUACCUACAAGCAAAACCUGUACACUCUGCUUACUAGUGGUCAUGGCAUUUAGCUUGUACUGCACUGCAUAUUACUUAACAUGUAUACUUGUGCUUAUUGUAA